AUGCCUGACCUACGCCGUCAGAUCUUUGAGAGCGGCAAGACCAUGUCCCGCAAGGCCGCUUCUCGCGAAGGCUCUCGCCGUCCCUCUCGCGCGGCCUCUGCUCAGAGUUCGAAACAGUCGUCUCGCAACGCCAGCAGACACCAAUCCGAUGAAGAGGACGAAGGUAAUCUCAGCGACGAGACUGCAUAUAGCCUCGGUUCCCUGGAUGACCUGGCUGACCUCCCAGAUGCUGAUACAAACGCCAACUGGCCCGAAGAGCUUGAGGAUGUCGUUGAAGAUAUCCUGGAUCGCAAACGGAGCAGUGUCCUGGCUCGAGAAGAGGCCUAUGCUGCCUUUUGCCGUCUCGCCAAAUCUCAUUACAUCGAAGAUCGUAUCCGCACCCGUGUCAUUGACCUUGUGAGCGCUUUUGCCAAGAGUAUCAAGUUUGAAAGCAGCGUGCGAGAGACAACUCUGGCGCUUCGCGCUUUGAGUCUUCUUACCAUCACUGCCUUUGACAACACCAUCUACGAAAACGUGGAGCCGCUGCUUACACGCACGAUCCGCGACUCGACUUCCCCUGUGAUCAAGGCCGCCGCAAUCCAUUGCCUGGGGGCAUGCACCAGUUUUGGUGGUGCUGGCGAAGACAGCAUUCUGGACCAGAUGACCUUUUUCCUGGACAUCAUUGCCUCCGAUGGCCAGUCAAUCGAAGCCCCUGACGAUGCGGCCACCGUCACGGCUGCUCUGCAAGAAUGGGGCUACCUCGCGACAGAAAUCGAGGACCUGGAGGCUGAAAGCGAAGAGGCGGUCCAGAUCUUCAUGGAUCAACUUAAUAGCAAUGAUCCGGCCCGGCAGAUUGCCGCUGGCGAGAAUAUCGCCCUGCUGUACGAAAAGAGCUACACACCGCAAGAGGACGACGACGACGAAGACGAGGAAGUUGAACCGGAUGAGGAGUCCUUUAUGGAUGCCGGCGACCGCGACGGGCCAAAGCUCGUUAAACGCUACAAUGCGUACCAUAACACCCACGAGUUGGAACAGCAACUCCAAUCCUUGGCUACCGUGCACAACAAGCACAUCAGCAAGCGGGAUAAGAAGAACCUGCACAGCAAUUUCGCCUCCAUCUUGACGACCGUAGAGAAUCCCCGACGCGGCCCCAUGUACAACAAGGCGAUCGACCAGGAUUCGCAUCGACAUUACGGGAGCAAGGUCCGAGUGAAGAUUGGAAGGGAAGGGGUCAUGAGCAUCGACCGUUGGUGGAAGUGGAUUCGACUCAACUCUCUCCGACGAGUUCUCCAGGGAGGAUUCGCGGUACACUACUUUGAGGGCAACCGCGCCGUCCUGGACAGUCUGCCGCUGAUGGUGGGUGCGCCACCAUCCGAUCGUGGGAGCGCCAGAAAAUCAACGAAGCCCCGGAAUAAUCACCGAUGGGCUGUUCAUGAUCAGUCAGACGAGGAUUGA